AUGACAGCAAUCAAGCCACGAUCUCGGUUUCGUCGGCUGGCCCGGAUAGUACAGACGCUUAUCCACCUGGUUCGGAACUACUGCAGAUUUCUUCCUGGAAAGAUGGUGUCUGCCAUGACUGGUGAUACCAAAUUCUUAGUUGACUUGAUGACGGAAACAGUUUCGGGCGUGCCCAGAGAGAUGACCGAUCAAAAGCAAUCUUUUGCUGUUGAAAGUAUGAAGGCAGAAAGUACACCUUUCUCAAGUGAUAUAAGAUCGUACGCAACUUCGAAAGGCUCCCCACGCUGCUCGGUAACUGCACCUUAA